AUGGGAGACAACAAUGAAGAAGUCAGCCUCACAGAUGUCGUGGUGGCUCAGCCCACCGUGGCAGAGCAGAAUGAGCUUAUUGCGCAGCUGAUGCAGCAAAUAGCUGACAUGAGGGUCGAGAUGCAACGAAGGCAAGAUACGCCUCCACCCGGGUUUGGCCCCAACUUUAUCGACGCAAGACCUCCUACGUACUUCCCCUCGUCCAACUUGGAUCCUACUCAGCACCGUCCAUCGACACCCGUGCACAACCCGUCUGGGGUAGAUAUGACAACCCAAAACCCCCAAUACGCGUCAGUCUCCUAUCAAACUCCCUCACCACUCCCAAACAACCCCCCACAAAUACCACCACAUCCCCAAAACACUCAAACAGCCCCACUACCCCAAAAUCAGACCCAAAAUCCCACCGCCUUCAAUUCCCAAACACCACAUCCCCACUUGACCCAAAAUACCAAUCCCCAAAAUUAUCCGCAAAACUAUCAAACCGCACAGAACGUCCCAAGCCCUUCCAUAGCUCCACCCCUCCCCAAAAGAACCACUUUUCAAGUCCCUGUCCCGGCCGAGCAUGAGGUGCACGGCUCCGAGUUGGACCAUUACGAGGAGCAAGAAAGAGAGUGGAGGGCGAGGGAAGAAGCGAAGGUAGACAUAAAGGAGGAGAUCAAAAGGGCAAUGAAAGAAUUGCAAUGCACUCCAGACGUCGCCGGGUUAAGCUACGCAGAACUAUGCAUCCACCCAGACUUGAACCUGCCUGAAGGGUUCAAGAUCCCGAAGUUUGAUACCUUCGGAGGGGUGGGCAACCCCAUGGCACACCUAAGAGCGUACUGUGACCAACUCGUGGGAGUUGGCAAAGAUGAAGCGUUGCUGAUGAGUUGGAGCGCACUGGCUAAGGAUUUCAUUGAUAGAUUUGCGUACAACGUCGAGAUAGUCCCUGAUCGGUACUCCUUGGAGAAAAUGAAGCAAAAAUCCACAGAGAGCUAUCGGGAAUUCACGUACAGAUGGAGGAAAGAGGCAGCGAGGGUGAGGCCUCCGAUGACAGAGAAGGAGAUUGUGGAGGUGUUCGUACGGGUGCAGGAGCCCGAGUAUUAUGAUAGAGUCAUCUUAUUAAUCGGCGCCAAGUUCGCCGAGAUAGUCAAAGUGGGUGAGACUAUCGAAGAUGGCUUGAAGUCGGGGAAGAUAGCCCGAGUGUCUGCAUCGCCUGGAUCUUCCGGACUUGUGAGGAAGAAGAGAGAGGAAGUUGCCGCUAUCUCAUACGGGGGAAGAAAGGUCCCCAGAAAUUUACCACGUCCCCAAAACCGCUCCAACCCUCCAUCAAAGCCUCAUCAAGCCUACCGUUCACAAUCAAAUCAUUCCGGCCACUACAAUGCUGCCCCCACUUAUCCAGAUCCCCAUAUUUUGUCGUAUCAGAAUCCACCCCAAAUUCCCCAAAUUUUCCCUCCGUAUAUCCAAACUAUCCCCAAGCUUAUCAAAUCCCUCCCCCUUACCAGAAUGUCGCUCCCAGCUGCGCUAAUCAUAUCAAAGCCCCUAUCCAAAUUACCAAGCUCCACGAGCAAACGCCCGCAGUUACCAACAAGUCCCCCCCCUCAGCAGAGCCGGUAUGAUCCCCCUCGCCCCGGGUUUGAGAAGAAGCCCUCCAGAAGCUUCACCGUGUUGGCUGAAAGCAGAACCAAGUUGUUCGAAAGAUUGUCCGCGGCCGGAUACAUCCACCCUGUGGGGCCCAAGCCCGUGGAUGUCAACUCCAGAUUCUACAGACCGGAGCAGAGAUGUGCUUAUCAUUCCAACAAUGUUGGACAUGAUACUGAAGACUGCAUCAACCUCAAGCACAAGAUCCAAGAUCUAAUUGACCAGGAAGUGGUCUCCCUUCAGCCUGCGGCGCCAAACGUCAACACUAAGCCGUUGCCGAAUCAUGGGGGUGUAAACACCAACAUGAUAGAAACAGACGAAGAUAGCGGGGAAGGAAUCUGUGACCUUUUCAAGGACAUCAAUUCCAUCAUCGAGGAGGAGGCUGAGCCAGCUGGCAUUCGUGAUGCGGAACCAGGAGAGAUGCUGCAGAAUUGGACUUCCACGCCAAUCCUGAUGUCCCGGACUCUUUGUAACGUAAGUUACAAACCUGCCAAUGUCAUGUCAUGUCAUGAGCUAAACGAGCAAAAUGAGGUAAAUGACGACGAGGUUGACGACUACGACGAAGAAAGUGGGGAACCGGACUAUGUGGCAGAAGAAUUUCGACAGUUCGAGAAUCAACAUAAACCGAAUCUGGAGGAAACAGAGACGGUGAAUUUUGGAGAUUCGGAGUGUGUCAAAGAGGUUAAGAUCAGCACUCACCUGAAUGAAACUCAGACAGAGAGCCUGGUUCAUUUGCUUGCCGAAUACAGUGAUGUGUUUGUCUGGGAAGUUGGUGAUAUGCAGGGUUUGAGUACUGAUGUCGUAUCUCAUAAGCUACCUAUCAACCCAGGGUUCGAGCUGGUGAAACAAAAGACUCGAAAAUUCAAGCCUGAAUUGAGUUUGAAGAUUAAGGAGGAAAUCACCAAGCAGAUAGAGUCUCGAUUGGUAGAAGUAACGCAAUAUCCCACCUGGUUGGCAAAUGUCGUUCCGGUCGCCAAAAAAGAUGGAAAAAUCAGGAUUUGUGUUGAUUACAGGGAUCUCAACAAGGCUAGUCCAAAGGACAAUCUUCCGUUGCCAAAUAUCCAUAUUCUGAUUGACAACUGUGCCAAACACGAGAUGCAGUCAUUUGUGGAUUGUUACGCGGGUUAUCACCAGAUUUUGAUGGAUGAAGAAGACGCUGAGAAAACGGCCUUUAUCACACCUUGGGGGGUAUAUCACUACAGGCUGAUGCCGUUCGGCCUCAAAAACGCCGGUGCCACUUACAUGAGAGCCAUGACGACUAUCUUUCAUGACAUGAUUCACAAGGAAAUUGAAGUGUACGUGGACGACGUCAUAAUCAAAUCUCGCGAGAGUUCGGAUCAUUUGACACACCUGAGAAAAUUCUUUGAACGUUUGCGUCGGUACAACUUGAAGCUAAACCCCGCCAACUGUGCUUUUGGAGUCCCGGCUGGGAAGUUGUUGGGUUUUAUAGUCAGCAGAAGAGGUAUUGAGCUCGACCCUUCCAAGAUCAAAGCAAUUCAAGAGUUGCCUCCGCCGAAAAUGAGAAAAGAGGUGAUGAGUUUCUUAGGGAGGUUAAACUAUAUCAGCCGGUUUAUAGCACAAUCGACAGUGGUAUGUGAGCCUAUUUUCAAGUUGCUGAAGAAAGACGCCCCGACUAAGUGGACUGAGGAGUGCCAGACCGCUUUCGACGCUAUCAAGAGCUAUUUGUCUAACCCACCAGUAUUGGUUCCUCCGCGAGAAGGGAGUCCUUUGUUGCUGUAUUUGUCUGUCUCGGAUAGUGCCUUUGGAUGUGUACUUGGUCAACACGACGAGACAGGGAAGAAAGAAAGGUCUAUCUACUACAUAAGCAAGAAAUUUACUCCGUACGAGUCUCGGUACACUUUGCUGGAGAGAACAUGCUGUGCUCUGACGUGGCUUGCCCAGAAACUGAGACACUAUUUGUCGUCAUAUACUACAUAUCUUAUCUCCAGAAUGGAUCCGUUGAAGUACAUUUUCCAGAAAGCGAUGCCGACUGGAAAGUUAGCUAAAUGCAUGCUGUUGAGUGAGUUUGAUAUCGUGUACGUGACUCAGAAGGCAAUAAAAGCACAAGCUUUGGCUGAUCAUCUUGCGGAAAAUCCCGUUGAUGAAGAGUAUGAACCUCUCAAGACAUAUUUUCACGAUGAAGAAGUGUCAUUUGUGGGUGAAGAUAUUUCUGAAGCAUACCCAGGUUGGAGAUUAUUCUUUGACGGAGCGGCAAAUCACCAGGGUAAAGGUGUUGGAGCGGUCCUAGUAUCAGAAUCUGGUCAGCAUUAUCCUAUGGCGGCUAAACUGCGAUUCAACUGCACAAACAACAUGGCUGAAUACGAAGCUUGUAUUCUCGGUUUGAAAAUGGCCAUUGACAUGAAUGUUUACGAGUUACUGGUUAUUGGAGAUUCAGACCUUUUGAUUCAUCAGGUUCAAGGAGAAUGGGCUGUGAAGAACCCGAAAAUUAUACCGUACGUACAGUGUGUGCAAAAUCUGUGCAAAAGGUUUCGCAAGAUCGAGUUCAGACAUACUCCCUGAAUACAGAAUGAAUUAGCUGAUGCUCUUGCCACCAUCGCUUCAAUGAUCAAACAUCCGGAUAACGAUUACAUCGACCCGCUGGAUAUAGAUUUGAAGGAACAUCCAGUCCAUUGUUCACACGUUGAGUCAGAACCAGAUGAAGACGCUACAUCUAAUCAGAAGAAGUCGAUACGUCGUAUGGCUCUCAAUUUCUUUCUGAAUGAAGAAGUCCUGUAUAGGAGGACCAAUUUGGGUCUUUUAAGAUGCGCGGAUGCUGCUGAAGCUGUGAGGCUUAUUGAACAGAUACAUGCUGGAGUUUGCGGUACACACAUGAACGGGCUUACUUUGGCAAGAAAGGUUCUUCGAGCCGGUUAUUUCUGGAUGACUAUGGAGAAUGACUGUUGCAAAUUCGUGCAAAAAUGCCACAAAUGUCAAGUGCACGGCGAUUUGAUAUGGGUGCCACCUCACGAACUUAAUGCUAUGAGUUCACCUUGGCCGUUUGUAGCUUGGGGAAUGGAUGUUAUCGGUCCUAUAGAGCCAGCCGCUUCUAAUGGACACAGAUUCAUUUUAGUCGCCAUUGAUUAUUUCACCAAGUGGGUAGAAGCAGCCUCUUACAAGUCGGUAACCAAGAAAGUGGUGGCCGAUUUUGUCCGCAACAAUCUGAUAUGCAGAUUUGGGGUUCCAGAAUCCAUCAUUACUGAUAACGGUGCAAACCUCAACAGUCAUCUGAUGAAAGAGAUAUGUGAACAAUUCAAGAUUAUUCAACGGAGGUCAACUGCUUAUCGCCCUCAAAUGAACGGAGCCGUAGAGGCCGCCAACAAGAAUAUCAAGAAGAUUUUGAGUAAAAUGAUUGACAAGCAGCUAGGUUGGCAUGAAAUGUUGCCAUAUGCUCUACUGGGUUAUCGGACGACGGUCAGAACAUCGACUGGGGCUACUCCAUACUUGCUAGUAUAUGGAACAGAAGCAGUCGUACCUGUUGAAGUUGAGAUACCGUCAUUGAGGAUCAUCCAAGAAGCUGAGUUAAGCAACGCUGAGUGGGUUAGUAAACGGAUUGAUCAACUAGCUUUGAUUGAUGAGAAGAGGAUGGUCGCUGUUUGCCAUGGCCAGUUGUAUAGACAGAGAAUGACUCGCGCUUUUCACAAAAGAGUAAGAGCCAGAAAUUUUGAAGUAGGUCAGUUGGUCCUUAAGCGUAUUUUUCCUCAUCAAGACGAGCACAAAGGAAAGUUCGCACCAAACUGGCAAGGUCCCUACAUGGUUCGUAAAGUACUAUCUGGAGGUGCUUUGGUCCUGUCGGAGAUGGAUGGCACUGUAUGGCCCAAACCUAUCAACUCAGAUGCGGUCAAGAGAUACUAUACGUGA